AUGACACAAACUAAGUAUGUCGAGAACAACUGCGUUAUCACCGAUAGAAACGGCAUCGUUGAGAACAUCCACCGCGUCCAUGUCGCAGUCACAGACUCUCACGGCAACAUCCUUUACGCCGUUGGCAACCCUGCUCGGGUAACUCUAGCCCGGUCGGCCGCCAAGCCUGCACAAGCUCUCGCUAUCAUCGAGACGGGCGGUUUCCAAGACGCAGGCUUUGAUGAAAUCGACCUUGCCCUCAUGUGUGCGUCGCAUAAUGCAGAAAAAAGGCAUGUUGAACGUGCUAGAAGCAUGUUGAUCAAAAUCAAAGCGCACGAGAGCGACUACCGCUGCGGUGGACAUGCUUCGCUAAACCCUGCUGUCAACCAAGACUGGGCCCAGAAGGGGUUGGAUGUCACGGGCGGAAUCUACAACAACUGCUCUGGCAAACACGCUGGCAUUAUUGCUGGCGCUCUCGCUCUAGGUGCCAGUAUAACCGAUUACCACAGUCCGGAUCAUCCGAUGCAGGUUCAGGUGAAAAAGGUCGUUCAGGAGCUUUGCCCCGAGCCCAGUCUCGUUCAAUGGGCCACCGAUGGCUGUAAUAUUCCCGCUCCUGCAUUUCCCCUCUUCUACUUGGCACAUACCUUCGCUGUCUUCGCCGCCGGUGCAGAUUCUGCCGAGCAAGAGGCUUCACCAUCUCCGCGUACGAGAAAUCUUUCCCGGAUCUUCCGUGCGAUGUCCAGCUAUCCGGAGUUCGUGACAGGAGAAGGACGUUUCUGCACAGACUUGAUGCAGGUGUACAAGGGGCAAUUGUUCGGUAAGGUAGGUGCCGAUGGAUGCUAUGGAGUUGGGAUACGUGAAUCUGAGCAGACUCUAAGCGUGGGGGCACGUGGGUCGUUGGGGAUCUCUGUCAAGGUUGACGACGGAAAUCUUGAUAUCUUGUACGCCGUGGUGGUUGAAGUAUUGGAACAACUCAAGAUUGGGACGUCAGACACAAGGCAAGCUUUGGAAAGCUGGCACCACUUCGAGAGAAAGAACACGAUGGAUGUUGUAGUAGGCUCUGUCUCUUUCGAUUUCAAGCUACGGUCAACUGCCUGA